AUGAAGACACAAAUACUUACCUUCAUUUUUCUCCUACAAAUUGCUUUCACUAUUAGCCUCCAUUUCCACCCACUCGAUCCCUUAACUCCCCAAGAAAUCAACAAAACAAGCUCCAUCAUCAAGAAAUCUCAUUUAGGCAAUCUCAAAGAUCUCACAUUUCACUACCUCGAUCUCGAAGAACCAAACAAAAGCCACGUCCUCCAAUGGCUACACUCCAAAUCCACCAAGAAACCACCACCACGUCGUCGCUCACUCGUUGUAGUUCGAGCCGGUGGUCAAACCCACGAGCUAAUCAUCGACCUAACAACUAACAAAAUCGCAUCCUCACGAAUCUACACCGGUCAUGGCUUCCCUCCAUUCACAUUCAUAGAGCUAUUCAAAGCAAGCAAGCUUCCUCUAACUUACCCUUCCUUCGCAAAAUCGAUUCUUGAUCGAUCCUUAAACAUCUCCGAGGUUUCUUGCAUACCUUUCACAGUUGGUUGGUACGGAGAAACCACCACGAGACGUGAACUCAAAGCUUCUUGCUUUUACAGAGAUGGAUCGAUCAACGUUUUCACAAGACCCAUCGAAGGAAUCACAAUAACUAUAGACGUUGACUCAAUGAAAGUCGUCAAAUACUCAGACAGAUUCCGUAAGCCUCUCCCUGAUUCAAAAGGUAACGACUUUCGAACCAAACACAAACCUUCCUCAUUCUCUUGCAACGUCUCCGACACAAGCUUCAAGAUUCUCGGCAAGAAAAUAAUCAAAUGGGAAAACUGGAAAUUCCACGUCGGAUUUAACGCAAGAGCAGGAAUCAUCAUAUCGACGGCUUCGGUUCUUGAUCCAAGAACCAAAAGAUUCAGAAGAGUGAUGUACAGAGGACACGUGUCAGAGACUUUUGUUCCGUACAUGGACCCAACUUACGAAUGGUACUUUCGUACGUUCAUGGACAUCGGAGAGUUUGGUUUCGGGAAAUCAGCGGUUAAUCUUCAGCCACUCAUCGACUGUCCUCAAAACGCUGCGUUUUUGGAUGGACACGUGGCGGGACCAGAUGGGACAGCUCAGAGGAUGAGUAAUGUGAUGUGUGUGUUUGAGAAAAAUGGUUUUGGUGCUUCUUUUAGACACACUGAGAUUAAUGUUCCAGGACAAGUGAUUACUAGUGGUGAAGGUGAUAUAAGUUUGGUGGUUAGAAUGGUGGCCACACUUGGAAACUAUGAUUAUAUUGUGGAUUGGGAAUUUAAAAAGAAUGGAGCUAUUAGAGUUGGGGUGGGUUUGACUGGAGUUUUGGAAGUAAAAGCGACGUCGUACACUUCAAACGAUCAAAUAACAGAAAACGUUUACGGGACACUAGUGGCGAAGAACACGAUCGCCGUUAACCACGACCAUUACCUAACGUACUAUUUAGAUCUUGACGUUGACGGUAACGGCAAUUCCUUGGUGAAAGCCAAACUUAAAACGGUAAGAGUAACGGACGUCAACAAAUCGUCAUCUCCGAGGAAGAGUUACUGGACGGUCGUUAGAGAAACGGCAAAAACAGAAGCUGACGGUAGAGUUCGGCUCGGCUCGGAGCCGGUUGAGCUGUUAAUAGUUAACCCACAAAAAAAGACGAAAAUAGGAAAUAUGGUUGGCUACCGGCUGAUACCGGAGCAUUUACCGGUCACUUCGCUUUUAACGGACGAUGAUUAUCCGGAGAUAAGAGCGGGUUACACGAAAUACCCGGUUUGGGUAACCGCUUAUAACCGGUCAGAGAGAUGGGCCGGUGGGUUUUACAGUGAUAGGAGCCGUGGAGAUGAUGGCUUAGCUGUAUGGAGUAGCAGGAACAGAGAGAUAGAGAACAAAGACAUAGUGAUGUGGUACAAUGUUGGGUUUCAUCACAUUCCAUACCAAGAAGAUUUUCCAGUAAUGCCAACUCUUCACGCUUUGCGUGAGAAGCAUGAGAAGGAAGUAGAGAAUCUAACAUUGACGACACAACCUUUCAAUACAUUGAAGUUGUUUGUUGAAGCUACUGUUCUAUACAUUAAGCGAUCGAUAUCGUAUCUGCUAGCUCAUGGAGGUUGGUUCAUGCUUAUAACCACUUUGUUAGUUGGAUUUGGAGUUUUGCUUGUAACUGUUGAUGGACCUCAUGGGAAGCAUGUUGAAGAAGUAUUGGAGUAUGUCCGAUAUAGCUUAUGGUGGAUAGCACUUGGUGUAGCUUCUUCUAUUGGUCUUGGAUCUGGUCUUCAUACUUUUGUUCUCUAUUUGGGUCCACACAUUGCUUUGUUUACUCUAAAAGCAACGCAUUGUGGCCGGGUUGAUCUAAAAUCUGCACCGUAUGAUACAAUACAGUUGAAACGGGUUCCCUCGUGGCUUGACAAAUCUUGUUCAGAGUUUGGUCCUCCUUUAAUGAUAUCAGCUGCUGGAUCUCGUGUUCCCCUUACUAGUAUAUUGCCACAAAUCCAAUUGGAGGCGAUUUUAUGGGGUAUCGGGACAGCUCUCGGGGAGCUUCCUCCGUAUUUCAUCUCAAGAGCAGCAAGUAUUUCUGGGAGCAGAGUGGAUGGCAUGGAAGAAUUAGAUGGUUCCUCAUCUGAGGACAGCGGAUUUAUGGCGACUUACCUGAACCGGAUUAAGCGUUGGCUAUUAACCCAUUCGCAGCACUUGAAUUUCUUUACUGUCUUGGUUCUUGCUUCGGUCCCAAAUCCUUUGUUUGACCUUGCUGGAAUAAUGUGUGGACAAUUCGGGAUUCAGUUUUGGGAAUUCUUUCUGGCAACUUUAAUCGGAAAGGCGAUCAUCAAAACUCACAUACAGACGAUCUUUAUCAUCUGCGUAUGUAAUAACCAACUGCUUGAUUGGAUGGAGAACGAGCUAAUCUGGAUACUUAGCCACGUCCCCGGUUUGGCUUCUGUGUUGCCUGGACUCACAGCCAAACUUCACGCCAUGAAAGAGAAGUAUAUUGAUGCACCACCUCCUGUUCCAUCUCAUAUCAAGGUGAACAAAUGGGAUUUUUCUUUUGCAACGAUCUGGAACGGGAUAGUGUGGCUCAUGAUCCUCAACUUCUUCGUAAAGAUUGUGACAGCAACCGCACAGAGACAUUUGAAGAAGAAACAAGAGAAAGAAAUCGCGGUUUUGACUCAUUCAGAUUGA